CAAAAACCAUCGAAGCCUGUUUGCUUUUUCAUUUUUUUUUAAACCCCAAAAUAUCAUUGUUUUGGGAUUUUCGAAGGGAAAACUAAGCUGCUCAAUUGACCCAACUUGCCCGUCAGCUUAUUCAAUUUACACCGAGUUGACUCUGAUUUGGCCGGGUUAUAUUGGGUCACUGACUGACUGAGUUAGAAAGAAAAUCAAGUAGAAAGGCCGAAGUUCACAGGUUGACCCGACUAGUUUAAUCUAAUUUUUCAUACAAUGCUUUUUAGAAUAAUUCUAGGAUUAAAAAUAUAGUUUUAAAAUUUUUUAUUUAAAUACUUUAAUUUUUUUAAACUCCAUUUCACUUUUAAAAUUUCAUUUGAGAUAAAUUAAAAUUUGUUUCAUUUUAAAAAUUUAAUUUUAAUUAUUGUUGGCUUAUCACUUUAAAUGGUAAAAUCACUCCCUUAAGACUGAUUUAAAAAAAAAUUUAUUCAAACAUUUUUAAUUUUAUUAAAAUCAACUUCUGAAAAUCAUCGCGUUUUUAUAAUUAACUUUUUUUUUUUCAAUUGAAAUGCAAACGCACGCAUAGGCUGACACCACCCUCUCCCCUCUUCCAUUAUAAAUUGCGUUAAUUGGCAGCGUCGGUUGAGUCUGAAAAUUUCUGCCUCCGGCUCCACUUGAGAAAUCGGAUCUAUCUCCCCCAUCCUUCCAUUUUUCCAAUCUAUCUUUCUCAGUGUAAUUACUAAUCCACACUCUCCAAACAACCUUUCUCCUUCUUAUUUCUUUCUGUGAUUUGCAAAUAUACGCCAAGCUUUGCUUUCGCUCUGGUGCUAUCUUGUCUUCAACCUUCGUCUCCACAAGUUGAACGGAAGCCUCGAAGAUUACAGACAGGAAAUUGGGAAGUUAAUUUUGAAUCUGUUUAAUGGGUUGCUGUAGUUCGAAGGUAGCUAAAUCACCAAGUUAUGAGGAUCCCACCGUUCUUGCUGCUGAGACACCUUGUUAGUAUCCUUCAUCAAAAUGUGUAGUUUGUGUUUGAAUUUUCUUUGCUUUUUGAUAAGUGGCACAAGGAUCUUGCGAUCAUGUUUCUGUGAUUCCAUUACACAAAAUGUCAAUGUCUUAUAGCAGCUCAUCCCUGAAUUCAUUUUAAUAAAACGUAUAGUUUGAUUUUAACACUUCUGUUCAAGUUUAAUUUGCAUGGUCCUUUCGGUUAAAGUUCAUACACUGAUAGCUGACUUCUACAAUGAAUGUUUCUUUAAGUGACGUAGAGGCCUUACAUGAGCUCUUCAAGAAAGUGAGUAACUCAAUUAUUCAAGAUGGACUUAUUCACAAGGAAGAAUUUCAGCUUGCACUCUUCAAGGAUAGAAACACAAGGAAUCUGUUUGCUGACAGGAUUUUUGAUUUAUUCGAUCUCAAGCGCAAUGGGGUUAUUGAGUUUGGGGGAUUUGUUCGUUCAUUGGGUGUUUUUCACCCCAAUGCACCUAUAGAAGACAAAAUCAGAUUUGCUUUUAGGUUGCAUGAUCUGAGGCACACAGGGUGUAUUGAACGAGAGGAGCUGAAAGAGAUGCUAUCGGCAAUUCUGCAUGAAUCAGAUCUUAUACUUUCUGAUGAUGUCAUUGAAACCAUUGUGGAUAAGACAUUUAACGAUGCUGAUACAAAAGGUGAUGGAAAGAUUGAUCAAGAUGAAUGGAAAGAAUUUGUGUUGAAACAUCCAUCUUUAAUGAAGAACAUGACCCUACCAUAUCUAAAGGAUAUAACCUUGGCAUUUCCUAGUUUUAUUGAAAAAUCAGAAAUUGAAGACCUAGAGACGUGAGAUUUACAGGUUUCACUGUGGUUUCUUUUGUCUCCAGAAAUGGUCAGUGGUGAUCAUAAUAUAAGGCGAGACCUUUCCUGGGUGGUGAUGAGUUUCAUCUGUAAACCUUGCAAUCUCAUGAAGCUAUCUGAUAUAUCAAGACAGACUUGCUUCAGCCUGUUACUGAAUCUGUUUCGCCGUCUACAAAAUGGCGCGGUGCAACUAUCUUGUUCUUCUAAUGCAAGGCUCUCGUACAUUAUACUGCAUCCAGGAGACGUAACAAGACAAAGGUUGGUCAAUCUUGCUUUUAAAGGGUUGCAGUAUCGGGAUUCAUACGAGGCUGCUUUGUCUCAGCCUCUGAACAGUAUUACGUCCUAAGGUUCCAGAACUAUCAAGAAUGUGUCUUCAGGAUUACUAUGUGCAUACUGUAAUGCAUGUAGAUAACAUGUUUUAGGUAAGAUUUUUUCUGUGGCAACACGUGGCAUCAUGCGCGGUUUUUUAGCCUCCUGAGAAUAUGUAAAUAUGUAAUGCCACCUGAUGACAAUUAUUACAUUAUUAUACGUAUAAACGUGCAGUUAGGAACGAGUUUUGACAUUUGAGUCUUACUAAUAUUGACCAUGAAUUUUAAAUCAA